AUGGUCCGCGUUUCCGUCCUUAACGAUUGCCUCAAGAGCAUGAGCAACGCCGAGCGUCGCGGAAAGCGCCAGGUUUUGAUCCGUCCCAGCUCCAAGGUCAUCAUCAAGUUCCUUUCGGUCAUGCAGAAGCACGGCUACAUUGGUGAGUUCGAGAUCGUCGACGACCACCGUGCGGGCAAGAUUGUUAUUCAGCUUAACGGCCGUCUCAACAAGUGCGGUGUUAUCUCCCCCCGCUUCCCCAUCAAGGUUGCUGAUAUCGAGCAGUGGGUUGCUGAUCUUCUGCCCUCCCGCCAGUUCGGUUUCAUUGUUAUGACCACCUCGGCUGGUAUUAUGGACCACGAGGAUGCUCGUCGUCGUCACCUUGGUGGCAAGAUCCUUGGUUACUUCUACUAA